AUGGCCGACAACACACAACGUCAACAGGAGCCCCCAAGGCCGCCAUUCUACAAGUCCUCGACCCUGAUACCAUAUCACCUACAAGUUGUUCAAUUCCAUGGUACCACCAUCCGGGAUAGAUCCCCUGGCGAACGAGCAAGAGCGUACCUCGUGCGCAGCUCUCUCAGCCUGAACAAUCGAGUCGUCAACAAGGGCGGCAUUUCGGCACCCGUAGUGCCAACGAUUGACCCCAUCCAGACUCGGCAAGCCACCACCACCACAGAGACCGGCUGCAACACGUCACAUUCCCUGUUGAAGAGGGCCAGACCAUCGAGUCGCCCAGCUACAGCUCAAUCCGGUCACAAACAUCGAAAGACGUCCUCUUCGUUAUCCCAGUCUCUACAGCUCGCGGCUACCAAGGACCCCAGGCUCCAGACAUUCGCAGGCUCCGAGACGAAAAACACAGCGCUCCCUUUGACACUUCACGGUGACGAUUUCACCACAAAUUCGAGGUCGCUAGCCACGAAAGACGCCCCACAGCGCUCUCGUUCCAUCGAGAGAGUCGCCAGCAAAGUCAAAUCGACAGCAAAAAUAACCGUCACCCGGCUGGGCAAGGUCUUCCACCACAAGCGAGCUCGCGGGAAGUCUGUCGGCAGGCUGCGAAAAUGCGAGCCAAGGCUGGAAAGGAUUCCUAUUGCGCUUGAUGACUCUACACUACCUCGACCCAAACCCACUGAACCUACCCUGCAAUGGAUGCGCACGCCUGUGGCGGUGACCAAAGCACAGGAACGUCUGUACCAAAGUACACGACGAUCUUGCUCGGCGUGGGAGGUCGAAAUUCUUGGAACAAUGCUUGAGCGCGCAUUCAAAUACGGUCAUACCGACUUCAGUGAUCUUCGCCCGAUAGGGCGUCUACUCGCACGUUGUACUGGCACACUGUCGUUCAAACUGCAGAAAGUAUGGCCAUCAGGCUGCAGGGUAAUGCAACGGAUGUAUUCUCGCAACGAUGGCCGCGAAGACGACAUGGCUACACUAAUACCUCCCUUGGGGGCUCCCGCUCUCAUUGCACGACCUGACGCAGCAGCCACCGCUAGUGGCUCCACGUCAUGGUUCGUGGUGGACAUUGAAGGUCCUCCGAUGAAAGGCAAACCAGGGCUGAGGAGUCAGAUCAAGCUGGGCAUUGCUGAUGAGGUUAUUGGACACUAUCAAGUCACUAGUAUGGCUCCCGACUUUAGGGUGUGCUGCGUAAGCCGCAAGCAAGUGAGAAGUACGGAGCGCUCUCUUCGACAGAGCGAGAGGCAGCUAGGUGAGGGGAGUGCCCCGACCGAGAGGGUGCAAAGCGUGGUGAUCAGGGUACAGAGUGUGAUCAAGUAUGACAGAGGGAGCGUUGAAACGCUAAACGAUCUGCUGACCGUCCAAGCAACACAAGAUACCUCCACCUUCAAAUCUCCUAUGGCUUCCGACGGCACCGCCGACUCAACAGCACCCAUCCACUGGCUCGACAAAAGCCGCACCCAGCUCUUCCGAGAGCAUCUCGACUGCCCACCCGGCGAGGAAGCUCCUAAGACCAAAGAAGCCACCAUCAUCCUCGUCGCCAGCAUCUUCCACAACGACAACCUCCUCUUAUGCCGCAGGACCAGAGACAACGAGUGGAAAAUCCCCAUGCUAAGUAUUCACCGUAACACCAACUGA